AUGCAAACUAAUUGGUCCUGGGUGGGAAAAGAAUGUCUCUGUGUUGUGGAGGAUCAGGGAAAAUGCUGGGCAUGUUGGGCAUUUGUCGCGGCGGAAGCCAUUACUGCCUUAUACCACAUUAAGUUGAAAAAGAUGAAAUUGUUGUCAAAGCAACAUGUUAUUGAUUGCUUGUUAAGUGUAUUCAAAACGUCAAAAAACAUUCGAUACCACGAAGAAACAGGGUGCUACACCAAUCACUACAACAAUUACUAUCAAUUUGCAAUGAAUGAAGGAGUUUAUUCUGAUGCUUCAUAUCCAUAUGUUGACAAGAGGGGAAAUUGUCGUAACCUACCGAACGAGGAGAAAACAAAAAUUAAGGGGUUUAAAAAGGUUGACAAUCUUGACAUGGGCAAAAAAGGAAUUGAAGAGCUAAUUCGAAAGCAACCAAUUAGUGGAUGUGUAAAAUUGGUGGACAGCUUUCAGGGGCAUUUAGGAAAGGAUAUCUACAUGGACCAAAUUGAAAAGGAAAUUCACUUUGAAAAGUUGCUCAAAAGUGGAAAUCAAUCCUCUGUUGAACGUCAUGUAGUGUUUAUCAUAUUGAUAGAAUGCGUGCGUCCACUAUCAGUCAACGGACCAGGUCCUUUGACUCAGCAAGAACAGUAA